GCGUGGGCAGCCCGCGCAGCCCGGAGCGGCCAAGAUGGACGACGAGGAGGAGACGUACCGGCUAUGGAAGAUCCGCAAGACCAUCAUGCAGCUAUGCCACGACCGCGGGUACCUGGUGACCCAGGACGAGCUGGAUCAGACGCUGGAGGAGUUCAAGGCGCAAUUCGGGGACAAACCCAGCGAAGGCCGCCCCCGUCGCACCGACCUGACCGUGCUGGUGGCUCACAACGACGAUCCCACGGACCAGAUGUUCGUGUUCUUCCCCGAGGAGCCCAAGGUGGGCAUCAAGACCAUCAAGAUGUACUGCCAGCGCAUGCAGGAGGAGAACAUCACCCGGGCGCUGAUCGUGGUGCAGCAGGGAAUGACCCCCUCGGCCAAGCAGUCCCUGGUUGACAUGGCUCCCAAAUACAUCCUGGAGCAGUUCCUGCAGCAGGAGCUUCUCAUCAACAUCACGGAGCACGAGCUGGUGCCAGAGCACGUGGUCAUGACAAAGGAGGAGGUGACAGAGCUGCUGGCCCGAUACAAGCUGAGGGAGAACCAGCUCCCCAGGAUCCAGGCUGGGGACCCUGUGGCCCGGUACUUUGGGAUAAAGCGUGGCCAGGUAGUGAAGAUCAUCAGGCCCAGCGAGACAGCGGGCAGGUACAUCACCUACAGACUGGUGCAGUGACACAGUGGGUGUGAGGAGCUGUGUGGCUCCCACCAGCAUUUCACGGGCUCUUGGAGAUUCGUGCACUUCAGAGAUGGCCAAGGAAAUCCAAGGAGAUUCCCACACUGCCUCUCUGCAGCCCCAUCCCUGGGCCUCAUCCCUUGUCUUCCAGCUUGGACUUUGUGGUGACCCCUCAGUCCCACCCAGGACUCAGCCAUGGGGGAAAACAAGUGGGGAAAGCCUUUUGCUUCCCUGUUUUCUGGGCUCUUGUUUGAAAUAAAGCUUUGUACACCCUCA